AUGCGCAAGGAAAAGAAGUGGCGCAGCAAGGCAAUGGAAGGAGAUUUCCACGCGACGGCCGCGUUCCCGCCCGUGCCGUGCCCACGCCGCCUCGCCACCGACAUCCUCUUCCCCGCGGCCGCUGCUCCCGGCGUUACCCAGCUGUCAAUCCCCCACCGAGGCACCGACGAAGAAAGGAAAAUCCCCUCGCCGUCUCACUGCCCCACGGGCCCCGCUUUCCUGGCCCAACCUGUCAGUCCCUCCCGUCGCCAAAGCCAAACACACACCAGGAUCAUUAGAUUCGAAACAGAUCUCAAGAUCACCUCCCCCCGUUUGCCAUCUUUAGUUAGUUUCAGCCCCACCUCGCCUCCCUCCAUUAAAGCCCGCGCCCUCCUCCUCCGCUCCAUUCCCCUCGCCACCGCCCAGAUCCAGACCAUGACGGUGCCGCCGUCGCCGGAGCCGUUCCGCGUCUUCGUCGGGUACGACCCGAAGGAGCACGAGGCGUACGAGGUGUGCCGCCGCAGCCUGAUCCGCCACGCCACCGUGCCGCUCGACGUGCGCCCCAUCCGGCAGCCGGACCUGCGCGCGUCGGGCCUCUACUGGCGCACGCGGGGCCACAUGGAGAGCACCGAGUUCUCCUUCACCCGCUUCCUCACCCCCUUCCUCGCCGGCUACCGCGGCUGGGCGCUCUUCAUCGACUGCGACUUCCUCUACCUCGCCGACGUCGCCGAGCUCAUCGCCUCCGCCGUGCCCUCGGACGCCGCCGCCGCCAAGCGCCUCGCCGUCGUCUGCGUCAAGCACGAGUACGCGCCCCUCGAGACCACCAAGAUGGACGGCGCCAUGCAGACCGUGUACCCGCGCAAGAACUGGUCCUCCAUGGUGCUCUACAACUGCGCCCACCCCAAGAACGUCGCCACGCUCACCCCGGACGCCGUCAGCACCAAGACCGGCGCCUUCCUCCACCGAUUCUCCUGGCUCGAAGACGACGAGAUCGGGGAGGUGCCCUUCGUCUGGAACUUCCUCGUCGGCCACAACAAGGUCGACCCUGACGACCCGACCACGAAGCCCAAGGCCCUGCACUACACCUGCGGGGGACCCUGGUUCGACAGGUACAGGGACUGCGAGUUCGCCGACCUCUGGAUCAAGGAGGCCGAGGAGCUCAGGGCGGAGAAGGAGAAGCGCAAGGCCGAGAAGGAGAGGCUCGAGCUCGAGGACGACGAGGACGACGAGGGGAAUUGAUGGAUGAUGGGGCCGGCCAACAAGUUUUACUGCAUUGCAUUGCAUUGGUCCUUUUGCGCCGUGGGAAUUCUUUCGAUUCAAUCUGUUUGUUAUGCUGGUUUCUUGGUAUAGGUGGUAGGGGGAUUAAUAAUGCUUACUGAAUUAAUAAUCCUUGGCUGGCUGAUGUUGGACUGAGAAA